AUGCCUGUUGGUGAAUAAGAAUGGCGACUAAAUUAAUUUAAUAAGGAAAAAAAAAAUAGUGACUUUAUAAUUGAAUAAUCUAUUGAAUUUGGUAAUUAUAUUAUUUUGGAUAAGUAAGUUAAAAUGGAGUGUAUUUAAUCACUUGGGAUAGAGGUUCAUAUGAAACACAAAUAAGAAAAUGUAAAGAGAAAUAGAAAUGAUUCUAUUUGA